AUUUUUUGAUUUUUAAAAUGACUAGAGUGUGUCAAGAAAACUCUGUGGCCAAACCAUAGACUAACAUUAAUAAUAUAUAUUAACAUGGUAUUUCCAUGACGAAACUACCUUCUGAAAUUAAUCAAUUGUGACAAUUUCAUAUUUUUAUGUACAAAAAUUGAAGACGUAACGAAGCUCCCGAUUGGAUGACAUUGUGACAAUAUGUUCUCUAGUAUGCACCUCUCCGCUCAGAUCGUAACCUUGAAGUGCUACUCUUCUUAAAUCGGAGUAUAUAUACUACUGCGCUGUUCUACGAGAAAACAUUAUUGUGUACAGUUUCAGUGGUAUUGGUUAACCGCAUUGUUUAAUGUGACCAGUGUUUACAGUUUCGUUAUUUUAUAUUUGUUUGUAUAUAGAUUUGUACAAUUGCACAGAACUUCCCAUUAAUUUUCAUUAAUACAUUAUGUUUACAUUAUCAUAAAGCAUUUUUGAAUUUUCCUGUUCAUCUGUAUUUUUCUAGAAUUAUGUCUGUCACUACUCCUUCAGGUCCUCGAGAAAUACAG